AUGACGAGUGCAGAAAGUGACCACGAAGGUCCUCCGACCAAGCGGCGGAAGCUAGAUUUAGACAUCACCGAUACAGGAUGCACGCCGCCAUCGAUCUCAGAAGAAGCUGUUACAGGCGAGGCGAACACAACCAGCCUGCAGCGACCUAUCAGCCCGCCGCCCUUACGCAGCAGACACCAUACGCCACGCUCGCCGACGCCGCCUACAUCGCAACUUCAUCUGCUAGUUGAUGAGCACGUGAGCGAAUCGUCACGGGCACCCGCAGAUGAAACGGCGGAGCCGUUAUGCAGCCCUACAGAGCUCAAGUUUGUCAGGUCGCCUUUUCAGCUCACAAGGAUCAGAGAUCUGGCGCCGCACCAGAAUGCAGAUGCGGUGGGGCUGAGGGACAUUCUGGGAGAUCCUAUGAUCAAGGAGUGCUGGAAUUUCAAUUAUUUGUUCAGUGUGGACUUUGUGAUGAGCCAUUUCGACGCGGAUAUUAGAGACAUCGUCAAGGUCAAAAUCAUACACGGAUUUUGGAAAAACGAAGACCAGAGAAGGAUUGCACUCCUGGAAGCAGCAGAGCGCUACCCGAAUAUUCAACUCAUACCCGCAUAUAUGCCGGACCCAUUCGGAACUCAUCAUACCAAGAUGAUAAUUUUGUUCCGACAUGACGACUUCGCCCAGGUAGUCAUCCAUACUGCGAAUAUGAUCGAACGAGAUUGGACCAACAUGACGCAAGCUGUAUGGAGAUCACCUCUGUUGCCUCUUCAGACAUCACCUACACCAUCUUUAGCCAAUGCCGCGGUCCCGAUCGGCACUGGGGGACGCUUCAUGAAAGACCUCCUCUGUUACUUCAAUGCAUAUGGUAACCGACUCCACGCCCUGACAGAGCAGCUGAUUAACUACGAUCCCUCUGCUAUCCGAGCAGCCUUCCUCGGAAGCGCACCUUCACGCCAAAAACCUGCCAACGCAAGACCAUCCUCACAAACCUCGUUCGGCUGGCUCGGUCUCAAAGAGAUCCUCUCAGCCAUACCAGUCCAGCCGAAAACUUCCACCCCCAACAUCGUGGCUCAAAUAUCGUCCAUAGCCACCCUCGGCGCAACUCCCGUCUGGCUCAACCACUUCCGCUCCGUACUCAACCGUACCGAAUCCCCAAUUCCGACCAUCUUCUCCCCGGCCUCCAAAAGUCCUCCUCCUACCCUAAAUAUCAUCUUCCCGACCGCCCCCGAAAUCCGCACCUCCCUUGACGGUUACGCCUCCGGUGCUUCCAUCCACACGAAAAUUCAAUCUCCAGCGCAGCAGAAACAACUCGAGUACUUACGCCCUCACUUCUGCCACUGGAAAUACCAAGACCCUCCCGCUCCUCCAGCACUUUGCACUCCGCGGCAGCAGAGGCACGAGGCCCAUCGCGGCCCGGCAGCGCCGCAUAUCAAGACGUACGUGCGGUUUGCGGAUGAGCGGCGGACGACGAUCAACUGGGUGAUGGCGACAAGUGCGAAUUUGAGCAAGCAGGCGUGGGGGGAGGUGGAGAACAAAAAAGGGGAGGUGUGGGUGCAGAGUUAUGAGGCGGGGGUCGUGGUGUGGCCUGGUUUGUUCCGCGAUGGGAGGGAUGGUGGGGAUGCUAUGAUGGUGCCAGUGUUUGGGAGGGAUGUGCCGAUAGCUGGAGAUGUGGAUGGCAUGGUUGGAGAAGGUGGUGAGGACGAGGAGAACGGUAAGGGGGGGUGUAGUACGGUGGUUGGGUUCCGCAUGCCAUAUGACUUGCCGCUGAGUCCGUACGGGGAGGAUGAGGUACCUUGGUGUGCGACGCUGCCGGAUAGCGAAGAGGACUGGAUGGGCAGGGUAUGGAAUGGGUAUUAG